UCACAUUUACUCCCUCAACAGUUAUACAUUAAAAUCCCCGAGUUCGCCCUGGAGUCUGGUGAGGUUCUACUCGACGCUGUGGUUGCCUUUACUUUUCGGGGAUUGCUCAACGCUAAACGAGACAACGCUGUUGUUAUUUGCCAUGGAUUUGCUGAAGGUGCCGACAUGGAAGAUUGGUGGUCUCCCAUGUUAGACCGGGCGAGUCCGGCACUUGACACCGGGAAGUUUUGCUGUAUUUGCUGCAACGUGCUAGGAAGUCCUUUUGGCUCCGCGAGUCCUCUUACCUACCGGAAAAAUGGAGAGGGGAAGAUGGAGCCGUAUGCAACUGAAUUCCCACGGACUACUUUCCGAGAUGAUGCGCGAAUACAUAAGUGCGUUCUUGACAUACUAGGGGUGCAGUCCAUCUUCUGUGUCAUUGGCAAGGGCAUGGGAAACAUGCUGGCCUUGGAAUGGGCUCGUUUGGGCCAGGAUUAUGUGCGAGCGAUCGCUCUAACAGAGGCGACAGGAGUACGCAGCGGCUUGAGGUCCUUCGGAUGGGUGGAUGAUCAACAAUCAAAUACCUCAUCAGGGGCGAAGCUCAAGACUUCUUUCUACGACAUCGAUACUGGGUAUCCGCAGGGGCUUGAGAGUGAGCAGACGCCUGUCGCCUCGAAACAUUCCUCGCCCCAACUCCUUCCAAAACGG